GCAAUGUCCUCUUCCAGCAAGAGGAAAAGCAAGAAACGGGCUCCUUCGGAAAAGAACUCGGCUCUCGACGAACGAGACGCAGCCCAAGAACCCCUCGGGUGGCAGAGUCUGUUGGUCGCAGACUUUUUGGACAAGGUUGUUGGGUUCUACUCUGUAUGGUGAUUUUGACUUGAACUGCUUUGUGACCAGGCCUCUGGCUUCAACAUAAUAUACCUGCCUGCAUAAUGUCUAACGUAUAGUGAUCUUUCGGAAGACAACAGACACCAGAUCUGUCUUUAAAAGUGGGGAAAAGAGUUGGAUUCUACACCAGUCUUGUUGCCCAAUGAAUACAUUAUAGGUUUUCAACUGCUGAAGAUGACAAAGUUCCCAAAAUAUAUAGAGGAUCUUUUGUGCAGUUGGCACUUAACAACAUGAAGCUAACAAAUAUUUGCAUAGGGCGUCCAGUGCUGCUUACCAGUACAAAUGGGAAGCAAGAGGUUUGCACAGCAUGGCCUGUUGCAGGCUUCCCUGGUAAAAAAAUUGGCUUAAGUGCAAUUACACAGAAGAACCUGAAGGUGGAACCCGGUGAUACGGUCUUUGUCCAGCCUGUGACUGGUGCUGUACUUCAGGCCGAGGAAGUGGAAGUAAAGCUGGGGGUUAAAAAUGACUGUAUCGAUACUGAAGACUUGUCCAUUAGCCUUUUGAGAAACUUAGAUGGAAAGAUAGUAUUGCCAGGAAAUUUCCUGCAAAUUACUUUCUAUGGCCGAUCUUGUGAUCUAAAGGUUACAAAGGUGAAAGGAGUGGAUGGUGUGUUGCUGGAAAUGCAACAUGUUUUAAAGAUACCACAGGAAUUACCACUGGAGAAUUCAGCCAGUAGUCAUUUCAAUUUAUCUGUUGAGCUUGGAAAAUUAGUAGUAACAGACAAUGAAGUAUCUACCAGUACUCCAUGUAAGCAUGAGGAUCAUAACAUAUCCAUGAAUGAUUCUUUAAAUAGUAUGGGCCAUGAAGCAUUGAGUCCUGAUCCAGCAGAAAUACUUGAUAGUGAUGGGUCUAACCUUCAUUCCGAAUCAAUCGUAUCACAAGACUGUGACAAAGGUCUUGCAGGUGAAGGAUUACCUUUGGCUGAUAAUACCGGACUGUCACAGAAUUGGGAAACAUUUUACUUCAUAUCAUCAAGGACUAGGAUCAGUUUCAAUCAACCACAAGCCAAAAAGACAGAAGAGUGCAAUCUUGAACCAAAAGUUACUUAUGAUUCAAUAGGUGGACUCAGUAACCAGCUGAAAACUAUAAAAGAAAUGAUUGAACUUCCUUUGAAGCAGCCUGAUCUAUUUAGGAAAUACGGAAUCCCACCUCCCAGAGGAGUGCUAUUAUAUGGCCCCCCAGGUACAGGAAAGACGUUGCUAGCCAGAGCAAUUGCAAAUGAGGUUGAAGCUCACUUCUGUACAAUUAAUGGUCCAGAAAUAAUUAGCAAAUUUUAUGGUGAAAGUGAAGCCAGAUUACGACAGAUAUUUUCUGAAGCCUCUUUACGGCGGCCAUCCAUUAUAUUUAUUGAUGAAAUUGAUGCACUCUGUCCAAAGAGAGAAGAAGCUCAGAAUGAAGUUGAAAAAAGAAUUGUAGCUUCAUUGUUAACACUGAUGGAUGGCAUUGGAUCAGAAAAUAAUGAAGGGCAGCUCUUAGUUCUUGGAGCUACCAAUCGCCCUCAUGCCCUAGAUUCAGCCCUGCGCAGACCAGGACGUUUUGAUAAAGAGAUAGAAAUUGGAGUUCCCAAUUCUCAAGAUCGACUAGACAUCUUAAGGAAGGUUCUCAGUAAGACUCCUCACUCACUGUCAGCAUCAGAUUUGACUCAACUAGCAGACAGUGCCCAUGGAUACGUAGGCGCUGACCUAGCAGCACUGUGCAAGGAAGCAGGAAUGCAUGCUUUGCGGAGAAUACUUCAUAAGAAAGAGAAUCUCCUGGAUGAUGAUGUGUCUGUAUCUGUAAUUAUUAAUCGCAGUGAUUUCCUGCAGGCAAUGAAUGAUGUCAGGCCCAGCGCCAUGAGAGAGGUGACAAUUGAUGUACCCAAAAUAUCCUGGUCAGACAUAGGAGGGCUGGAAGAUGUUAAACUGAAAUUAAAGCAAGCUGUUGAAUGGCCACUGAAGCAUCCUGAAUCUUUCAUUCGAAUGGGCAUUCAGCCACCAAAAGGAGUACUCCUAUAUGGACCACCUGGAUGUUCCAAAACCAUGAUUGCCAAGGCCUUGGCUCAUGAAAGUGGUCUAAACUUCUUGGCCGUAAAGGGACCUGAAUUGAUGAACAAAUAUGUUGGGGAAUCUGAACGUGCAGUCAGAGAGAUAUUUAGGAAAGCCAGAGCAGUUUCACCAUCCAUAUUAUUUUUUGAUGAACUAGAUGCCUUGGCUGUAGAACGAGGGAGUUCUUCAAGUUCUGUGAAUGUUACGAACCGUGUCUUGGCACAGUUGUUGACUGAAAUGGAUGGGAUCGAACAGUUAAAGGAUGUGACAGUUUUGGCAGCUACAAACCGGCCAGAUAUGAUAGACAAGGCAUUGAUACGACCCGGUCGAUUCGACAGAAUUAUAUAUGUUCCUUUGCCUGAUGAAGCCACUCGCAGAGAAAUCUUUAAAAUUCAGUUUUGCAAUAUGCCAAUAUCUUCUGAGGUCAAUUUGGAUGAGCUUGUCAUACAAACAGAAAAGUAUUCAGGAGCAGAGAUAACUGCAGUUUGUAGAGAAGCUGCUCUCCUUGCACUUCAAGAAGAUAUUGAGGCCAAAUAUAUCAUGAAGGAGCAUUUUCAACAAGCUUUGGUCGUUGUGACUCCUAGAAUCCCAGAUUCCCUACAGAAAUUUUAUGAAGAGUAUCAGCAGCGGAGUGGAUUGCAUUCUCUGUGAGAAAGUGAUUAACGAACAUACAGUACACAACUUCAUUUCUAGAAAAUAAGUAGAGUUUUUUUUCAAAGAAAUAUGUUCUUUCAAUUCAGAUAUUUAAAAUUAAUUGUAUUAAUACGUUUUUGAAUAAAAACAUCUAGCUUUUUGAAUAAAUACUAAAAGAGCUUUUGGAAUAAUGAAUGAAGUAUUUUGAAUAAAAAUAAACUUGAGAACUGUGUGAAAGCAUGAUUGAAACAUCAAAAGCAUACCGUGAUAGUGCAUAAUCAUGCCAAAAGAUGUGUGUGUACAUAGAGUGGGGAGGAGUGGCUCAAAAUCCUAGGCUUUCCCCUCUGAUGACACCAUAGUACUGCAACUUUGCCAUAGCAACUGGUGACCCGUGGGCCAGAUGCAUCAUGGGCAGGCCACGCCCAUCCCAGCUCCGCUAAGGGGAAAACAUCGUGAAACAUCAUGUGAUGGCAAGAUGAUAUGGCGAGUUUGACCCCCUUGCCAUAGCAGCAUUCAUUCAUUUCUCCAUCAUCAUUAUCACUAACUAAAGGUUUCAGAUAAUCUAAAUUUCCUUACCUUUUUCAGAGCUGUCAUAUGAGUACAAGUUGUUUUUUGGCUGUCCGUGAAAUGCCUUUUCUCAAAUUAUAUCAGUUUAAAAGUGGAUUUUAACAUUUCUUUUCUUUUCCAGUUUAUAAAUAUUGUUUUGGAGUUCUGUAUAAUUCUUUCUUCUUUUUCCCAGUAUAAAAAAUUUGGUAUCACCGAUGAACUUAUGGAUCAUACCUGAUUUGAGAUAAAGUUUUAAACCAGUUCAGAGAAUUAGUUUUAAAUGGCUUUCUAAACCAUUUGUGUAAAGUCCCUCUAUUUUUUUCUGCCUUUCUAGUUCUUUCUUAAGUUAUUACUGUAUAAAAUAGCUCAACAGAUUGAUUAAAAAACUAUUUGGAAAAUAUUGAAUAUCAAUGUACCAUAUUGAAGAUAUGGUAGACGAAAUAUUUGUUAGUCUGUGGAACAAAAUAGACAGUCUGUUAGUUUUUUAAGACUAUUCAACUGUAUUAGGGAUAUCAAAAACUUAUGCCAAAUAAAGUUGGUUGUUUUUAAAUGUGCACCUUGCUUCAUGUCUACAGCUAUUUAGUAAAUGAAUAGGAUUCCCAUGAUAGUUAACUCUUCGUCAAAUAAUUCUAAAAAUUUACUUUACUUUUGCAGAAGCAAAAUAUUAUAAUCUGAUUAUGAUAAUCUGAUUUCUUGAAAGGUUUUUUCUUCCAGAUUCUUGGUAGUAUUUUAAAAAUAGUGCUUACUGCUGUUUUCACAAUUAUACUACUUAGCCCAUACUUUCCAGAUCCCUUUUUCCAGAUAUCCUUUUAAAUAUAAAAGAGAUCCAAUUUGGUCUAGUGAUUAAAGCAUCAGUGUAGAAACUAAGUGAUUGUGAGUUCUAGUUCUGACUUAGGGGUGAAAGUCAACUGAGUGACCUGGGCCAGUCACUCUUUCAACCCAACUCACCUGUCAGGAUUAUUGUUAUGGGAAAAAUAGGAGGAGGAAGCAAUAUUAGGUGCUUUGAGUUGUUUAUCAAAAUAACAAAGGUGCGAUAUAAAUAAAAUAAUAAAUAAAAAUGUUUAUGUAAACUAUCCAGACUUCUGGCAGUGAGACAAAUUUUCUAUCUUGAUUUCAUCAGGAAAAAAAAGGCCUGCAAAAUUCAAUUUUUGUAACUUUUUCUAUUUUUUAAGUUUAAAACUGCCAAAUGUCUACAAUACUUUGUUCAUAAAUGAGCUUUCAAAUCAUCCUAUGCUGUUAUAUGCAGAUUUCAUAUAUGUUAAUUUUAUACAUAUGAAAGUUGUUAGCUUCUGUUUCAGGAAUAUAUUGAUUCAAGUUUUGUAUACAACUGAAUCACCAUAUUUAAGUUCAGUUUGCAUUAAAGAGGUAAGCAAGAUUAAGCAGUUCUAGAAAACUUCAUUUUUCUUCAUAAAGUUUUCUAGGCCUGCUUACUAUUGCUUAAGUGGGAUAAUUUGCAUUUAAGUAGCGUUGCAAUAUUGGAACCAGUCUAGUUAGCACAGACUGAUUCUGUUUGAGACUUUAUAUAUAGUUUUUGUAAAAAUGUUUUUGGUAAGGUAAAAAACAUAGUAGUAACUGGUUAGGCAUUUAACUACAAAGGAGUGUUUUAUUUGCCCGGGAGAUUAAUAGUAAGCCAGAAUCAGCUGGUAGUGCCAAGUGCCUUGAUAACACAAUUGACCACAGAAUGCUUUGUUAGAUUUUUUCCCCUCCUCUCCUCUUUUCCCAGAGAAAACUGGGAGACAAUGCAAUUGCUGACUUAGUAGCAAUGAUUUUUAAGCAAUUAAUUAUGAUAAACAGUGGAGAAAAUAAACAUCUAGAACAUAAGUAUAGAUAACAGAAAAAUAGCAAAGAAAAGGGAGUAAAGGGUAUUCAGGAAAACCUUUAAUCAGAAAGCAAAGGAUAUUUAUUAUAUCCUACCUACAUCCUAUUUUCCAAGAUGUAACCUACCCAUUCUUCACAACAAAGCAAUACUUAGUUUUUAAUAGGAAAACUGUUGCAAUAUUAAACUUUGCAUUAGCCUAUAGCCCAGCAAGUCUAAAUACCUUGAUGCAACACAUUGAUUCCAAUUUGUUGUCAGUUAUUUUCUUCUGAACAGGGUAGUUUUUACAUGGUAGUCUCAAUAGGAGCUUUGGGCUGGCCACAUAACCAACAAUAAAUUGAUUUGAUGUUUAAGAAAUAAUAAAUAGCUUUAUGGUAUAGAAAUGUCAUUCCAAUCUAAGAUGGAUUAUUAUCCCAACAGCUUUUGGAAUUUCUGCUAAGUGAGGGAAACAAAAAGAAUUUUAAUAAAGUAUAAAAUAAUUGUCUUAUCUUGCCUAUACAGCCCAAUGCAAAACUUGGGACACCAGCAGUACUUUCUGUUGUCCUUGGAUGGCUGCCUUUGAACUGGCAGGCUCUUGGCUGGAUGGCAUAAGACUGAAUGAAGAAAGUGGUCUUAUUUGGUGCACGACUUGGGCUUCGGUGAGAAUCAGGUGAGGGAGGAGCAUUGUCUCUGAUCUGCCUCUGAUUUGGGAGGUGGGUUUCCUAGCAGUCAUGGUCUGGUGAGAGCAGGAGGAGUUGGAUAGGUGUGAGUGUAUGAGUGGAAGUUGCAGAGGGGAAGGCAACUGGGUCAAUAGGAUCUGCUGAAUGCUACAGACAGAAUCAGUGCAAUGGCCUAAGGCAGAGGUGUCAAACUCGAUUUCAUUGAGAGCCACAUCAGGGUUGUG